AUGGAAACCUCCAAUUGGGCGAUGCAAAAUGGAUUGAGUGAGGAGUCGGAGGAUAAAGCCAAAGACGCACUUAUAUUAUCCAUCACCUUCACAUCGCUGGCGGUGUUUUUUGUAUCCGCUCGUCUUUACACAAGGGGAUUUUUGGUGAAAAAGAUCGGUUCUGACGAUUGGACGUGCUUAGUGUCUUUGAUUCUCUCCCUUGGAUUCAUGGGAUUGUUCAUUGGCGUAAGAAGAUGGUGGGAUGACAUGGUAGAAGGCAGCUGCUUGAAUAGGGAUGCAUUCUGGCUAUCCACAGCGAUCGUGCACAUCGUUACAGAUGUCGUCUUGCUUGCGAUGCCCAUGCCGAUUCUCAUCAGGCUAAAUAUUCCUAAAAGGAAGAGAAUCGCUCUCGUGCUAGUUUUCGCUCUUGGAGGAUUGUAUAUUCCCCUUGAAUCGGUUUCCAACAAUCCCCACCAAAUUAUGUUCCUUGCUCAGAAAGUUAAUUCAGUUCUCGUUAUCAGUGUUUGCAUCACAAGUGGUCUUCGUCUUGAGAGCCUUCGUCAACUUGCGAGAUCAGAUGACCUAGUAGAACAUAAUGCGGCAGCGGCCUCCUGGUCAGCUGUUGAAUGUAAUGUCGCAAUAAUAUGUUGUUCUCUUCCGACCCUACGGCCGCUGGUAACUCGUAUAUUCCCACUCAUAUUUCCGACGACCGGCUAUGGUUAUGGUCGCAACUCUAAACGGAAAAUCCCUUGUCUACCAAGGUGGUUUGCGUCUCACGAGCCUCAAGAAAGAAUCGACCAGGAACAUGCCAUGGAAUUUUUACAGAAACUGUCCAGCGAUGAAGGAGGAAAGCAUUCACACAGGGAUAUGGGUGGGGUUGCGGCAACCGAAUCGAUUUCGCAGGAAACAAUAUCUGCAAGUGAUAUAGAGGCAGAUCGCCCGGCUGAACCCUUUCCAUCUCCUCAUUUCUCAGGACAGUUCCCGCAUAAAAUGCGUGCCCAAGCGCGUCGCAGUAUCAAAUGUCGGGUGUUGUGCCAACAAGUCUCCACGACGAAAAGGGUGUUCAUGGCCGUUCACAGAGUUCCCUGUAUUGGGUUUUUACGGCCCGCAGAACCAUAA